GAAACGGACACUUCCGGGAUCUUCCGGUCCCUUGGUGCGGUUGUCCUGCUGAAGCUGAGUUUUCACUCGCGUGCGUCGGCUUACUUCGCUCGCCGCCUCGCGAGCCUCAGGUUCCGGGUCUCAUGGCGGGCUUGACCCUGUUUGUUGGCCGCCUCCCGCCUUCGGCCCGCAGUGAGCAGCUGGAAGAGCUGUUCAGUCAGGUGGGGCCGGUGAAGCAGUGCUUCGUGGUGACUGAGAAAGGGAGUAAGUCGUGCCGAGGCUUUGGCUAUGUCACUUUCUCAAUGCCGGAAGAUGUUCAGAGGGCUCUCAAGGAGAUCACCACCUUUGAAGGUCACAAGAUCAAUGUGACUAUUGCCAAGAAAAAACUGAGGGCUAAGUCCAAGGAGAAGGGGAAAAAUGAAAAUUCAGAGACCCUGAAGAAGGAGCUGAAGUCUAAAAAACCCAAAGUGGCAGAUAAGAAAGCCAGGUUAAUUAUUCGGAACCUGAGCUUUAAGUGUUCAGAAGAUGACUUGAAGACAAUUUUUGCUCAGUUUGGAGCUGUUCUGGAAGUCAAUGUACCUAAGAAGCCAGAUGGAAAGAUGCGUGGUUUUGCUUUUGUGCAGUUCAAAAACCUCCUAGAAGCAGGAAAAGCUCUCAAAGGCAUGAACAUGAAAGAGAUAAAAGGGCGGACAGUGGCUGUGGAUUGGGCUGUGGCAAAGGAUAAAUAUAAAGACACACAGGCUGUGUCUGGCCCAGGUAAGGGGAAAAGCUGUGAACCUAACCUUCAGGAGUCAGUUAAAAAGAGUGGCAGGAAGGAAGAGGAUGUAGAAGAGGAAGAUGAUGAUGACGACGAUGAGGGUGAGGACGAUGAUGACAGUGAGGAUGAUGACGAAGAUGAUGACGAUGACGAAGAUGAAGAGGAGAAGGAAGAUUCCAAGGUGACCAAGGCCAUGCGUGUUCAGAAGAGAGCAGUCAAGAAAACCGUCGCCACAGAAAGCAGUGGAGACGAUGCUUCGGGUGAGGACAGUGACCUGGAGGAAGGAGACCGUGUGGGUGGUGGCGAGGACCUGGCUGAGAGUGACGCCAGCGCUGGGGAGCAGGAGGGCGAAGAUGCACAAGUCUCAAAGAAAAAGAAGAGGAAGUUACCCUCUGAUGUGAGUGAAGGGAAGACUGUUUUUAUCAGAAACCUGUCCUUUGACUCCGAGGAAGAAGACCUUGGGGAGCUCCUCCAGCAGUUUGGAGAUCUUAAAUAUGUCCGCAUCGUCUUGCAUCCAGACACAGAGCAUUCUAAAGGUUGUGCAUUUGCCCAGUUCACGACUCAAGAAGCCGCUCAGAAGUGCCUGGCAGCUGCUUCUCCAGAGGUUGAGGGUGGUGGUCUUAAGUUGGACGGCCGACAGCUCAAGGUUGACCUGGCAGUAACCCGUGAUGAGGCUGCCAAGCUCCGGACAAAGAAGGUGAAGAAGCCGACUGGAACCCGGAACCUUUAUCUGGCCCGAGAAGGCUUGAUUCGUGCUGGGACGAAGGCUGCCGAGGGUGUGAGUGCUGCUGAUAUGGCCAAGAGAGAACGGUUUGAGCUACUGAAACACCAGAAACUCAAGGACCAGAAUAUCUUCGUCUCUCGGACCAGGCUCUGCCUGCACAACCUGCCAAAGGCUGUGGACGACACACAGCUCAGGAAGCUGCUGCUCAGUGCCACUAGAGGCGAGAAGGGGGUGCGCAUCAAGGAGUGCAGGGUGAUGCGAGACCUGAAAGGCGCCCACGGGGCAGUGAAGGGCCAGUCCCUGGGCUACGCCUUUGUGGAGUUCCAAGAGCAUGAGCAUGCGCUGGGAGCCCUCCGCCACAUCAACAACAACCCCGACAUCUUCGGGCCUCAGAAGAGACCGAUAGUGGAGUUCUCCUUGGAGGAUCGGAGGAAGCUUAAAGUGAAGGAACUAAGGAUGCAGCGCAGCCUGCAAAAAGUGAAAUCCAAGCCUUCAACCAACGAACCCCAGAAGGAGCCACCAAAGCCUGCAAAAGGCAAGCAGCAGCAGAAGGGAGCUCAAAGUCGCGCCGUGGAACACAGCAAGCCACCCUCCAAGCAGAAGGGGAAGGCAGGCUCUACUAACUGGAUGGGCUUCCAGACCAAGGAGGAAGUGGAGCAGGUGGAGCUGCCCGAUGGGAAGAAGAGAAGAAAGGUCCUGGCGCUCCCUUCACACCGAGGCCCCAAGAUCAGGUUACGGGACAAAGGCAAGGUGAAGUCCCUCCCUCCCAAGAAGCCCAGGCCCCAGGUAAACCAGCUGAAGCAAGAGAAGCAGCAGUUUUCUUCUAAGCAGGUUCCUAAGAAGAAAGCUAAGGGAAACAAGGCAGAAAUCCACUUCAACCGGCUGGUCGAACAGUAUAAACAGAAACUCCUGGGGCCUUCCAGUGGGGCACCCCUGGCCAAGAGGAGCAAGUGGUUUGACAGUUGACGACGUCAGCAGGCUGGGCGUGGAGCAGGCUCGUGUGCGUCUUGCUGAAGCUCCCAGGCCUCCCCUCCCCGUGUCUCUUCCUGAGGGCAAGGAGAUGCUGAGGGCGCGGCCGCCCGCCAUGAGGCUCCCCGGGCUGUGCACAUCUGAACUUGGGCCCUGCCUCCGGUGCGUGGUUGGUUAGCCACAGAGACAAACCCGAAAACGUCGUGGUCCUUGUGUAUUGUCCAGAGUGUUUUGUGAAGUUAUGUCUUCAAUUAUCCAUUUUAUUCUGUGUUUCUUGAAUGGGGACAAUUGUAAAAAGCAUUCUGGAGUGGUGAAUUUUUUAAGAAGUCUGUUUGGUUAAGCAUCUUCUCUAAAUGAAAUGUUGUUUAGCUUUCUAAAUAACAGACUAUCAUUUCUAAUA